GCAGUGUAGUAAAUACACGUGUAUUUCCAGGUUGCAUUUCCAGAAAGGGGUACGUACAGCGGUUCCUUACUGGUAUCGGUUUAAUUACCCAAACCGGCUUUACAGACUGCAUCUGGACUAGGUACUACUGGAACAGCUCUCCACAACAUGCCUCUUCAACUGAGACGCGGAAACGUCAAGCCUGCAGACAGCAACAGCGUUGAGAAGAAAAUUAAACGAGGCAAUGCACAGAGGCAGGGGUCCUGGUUUCGUAGGUUUCGGGGCUGGCUCCUGCUGGGGCUCGUGCUUCUCUGUGCAGGCCUCGCCUGGCUUUACAUCAACAGUGACGAUGACAUCACCGAGGUGUGGGCGCGGCAAAGCCAGCUACUGCAAGAAAAGAAGUUCUUUGAAGUGCCGUGCUCUGAGGAUUACGAGAACUACCAGAGAUACCCAGGUUGUACCCCUCAGAAGUGUGGCCGCGCAGUCACAGAUGCUGUGGUUACCAGAGAGGAGGCAGAGAGGAUGCGCAGGAUCGCAGAGAGAGGGCUGGCACUAGGUGGAUCUGAUGGCGGUGCUUCGAUUCUUGACCUGCAUUCCGGUGCUCUGUCCAUGGGACAGCACUUUGUGAACAUCUACCGGUACUUUGGGGAUCAGAUCAAAGGUGUUUUUUCUGAAGAGGAUUUUCAGCUUUACCGCACCAUGCGACAGAGGAUCCAGGAGGCCAUUGCCAGGACUUUUGGACUGGACGUGUCUCGACUCCACCUCACCAAGCCCACCUUCUUCUCCAGGAUGAAUGGCACUGAGGCCAAGACCGCCCAUGAUGAGUACUGGCACCCCCAUAUUGACAAGGUGACCUAUGGCUCUUUUGACUACACCUCUCUGCUCUACCUGUCUGACUAUGGCUCAGAUUUCGGAGGGGGACGCUUUGUGUUCAUGGACGGAGUCGCCAAUAGGACAGUGGAGCCCCGAGCUGGUCGUGUUUCCUUCUUUAGCUCAGGCUCGGAGAAUCUGCACCGUGUUGAAAAGGUUCGCUGGGGCACUCGAUUCGCCAUCACUGUCUCCUUCACCUGCGACCCUGCCCACGCCAUCACAGACCCUGCCCUGCCCUAGAGCGCAUCGCCCUCUAGAGCUGGGAGGUCUCCUGAAACAGGAACACAAGAAGAACAGGGUCACACUGCUGUGUAGGGAGAGGCAUGGCUCACUACUAAGGGCUGUUCCUACUGAAAUGGCUAAUUUCUUACUCUUAGCUUACAGGUUCUUACCUUUCAUUGACAUAACAGCUUUCUUAUAAUUCCCUAUUCAGUAGAUUCACUCCCUGUGCAACAGGUAUUAGGACUUCACCUGAAACAUUAAACUCCCUUGGCUGCUCAUUUCUAGUGGGAUUCUCAAACUUGCUGUAAUGAAGUGACUGUAUAGUGUGGUGGUGGAGAAAUAUCUUUUUAAAUCUUUGGUAAUGAUCCCUUCUAGCAACCUUGUCGCUGGCCUUCCCUUCAUUGUGUGGUAAUGUGUUCUGUGAGUGCUGACUUUUUUGUUUUUAGGUAUCAAUUUUGAAUUAAUUUAAAGCUUACAAGUGAAGUAGACACAGAUUUCAGCUAGUGCCAUCCACAUAGUCAUACAUCUUUUACAGCUAAAAAGACUGAAAGGUUUGUCUAAUUGACAAGGUUUUUUUAAAAGGUUUAACCUUUUGUUAGCAUUUUGAAGUCAUAGAUGACAUAUAUAUAUAUAUAUAGAAAAGGACUUUGAAAAAUGCUGUACUGUACCUUAAAAUAAUGGACGAUUUGCCUAAUAGGAAUUUCAUAUCUAUUAGUGAAUAAUGAGGGUUUUCUCUUUUGGCCUGAUGUAAAAUGUGCUUCUAUUUUUGUAAAAACUGACAAAUCUCUACCAACUGUAAUUAUGGAUGGAAGGCAAGCCAAGACUUCUUCAAAAGAAAUGAAAAUGUUCUUAUAUUAAUAGAGUAGAAAGUAAUUCGGAAUAGGUAACAUUUCAAUUUAAGGUAGCUUCUGUUCCUAUCAUGCUUUGUGAAAUAAAAUGUGUCGC